UUGGAUGCUGAGAGAUUAAGGACCGAGACCACUCAAUUCCACUGUCCCAAGACAAGUCACCUCUGCUACGCCUGAUAGUCUUUUUUUUUUUUUCCCCAAUGCACCCACAGAUUGUUUAGCUAUCCUGGAUGCUGCCUUCUGCCAACCCCCCCCCCCCCCCCCAACCUCCAAAGCUUCUUGGAGCCCUUGGUCUAGGCUAGAGAAGCCCUGAGUCUGGCCCUCCCUCCCCUCAUUUCUUCCCCCCUCCUUCCUAGACGCCCGUAUCCUCCCUCUGCUCCCCCAUUGACUGCAGCUUCGCGAUGCCCGCAGCGGGGUCCUGACCGCGCUGGAGGACGCCUGGGCUGUUGGGCGCUCUCUCUACAGCGCAGGCUCCGCUUCUGGGAGCAGGCGCGUCAGCUGCAGCUGGGAUCGGGCCAUCAGGGGGAGAACUGCCCCCUUGGCUAGGCUCGCAGCCCAGCACCGACCCCGGACAGCAUCUGACUCCACUGGCCGUGCACUGACCGCCCAGCUUGCUUGCUCCCCGCUUUCGGCGCGGUGGGCUGUCAGGGGCUAGGGUCGACUUGGGGAUCUUUCUGGACUUUAUUCAAGAUGAAGUUCUUUUGGGGGAUUCUUUUUCUUCUCUUGUUCUUCUUGUGGGUUGAAGAAGCCUAUUCUAAGGAGAAGUCUUCCAAGAAAGGGAAGGGGAAAAAGAAGCAGUAUCUGUGCCCAUCGCAGCAGUCUGCUGAAGACCUUGCCAGAGUACCAGCUAAUUCUACAAGCAAUAUCUUGAAUAGACUAUUGGUCAGUUAUGAUCCCAGGAUAAGACCAAAUUUCAAAGGUAUUCCAGUUGAUGUGGUUGUCAAUAUUUUUAUUAACAGCUUUGGCUCUAUACAAGAAACAACAAUGGAUUAUAGGGUUAACAUCUUCCUGAGGCAGAAAUGGAAUGAUCCCCGGCUGAAGCUUCCUAAUGAUUUUAGGGGCUCAGAUGCACUCACAGUGGAUCCCACCAUGUUCAAGUGUCUAUGGAAACCUGACCUAUUUUUUGCCAAUGAAAAGAGUGCUAAUUUUCAUGAUGUUACACAGGAAAAUAUCCUCCUCUUUAUUUUUCGGGAUGGAGAUGUCUUAGUUAGUAUGAGAUUAUCUAUUACUCUCUCAUGCCCUUUGGACUUGACCUUAUUUCCUAUGGAUACACAACGUUGCAAGAUGCAGUUGGAAAGCUUUGGUUAUACUACGGAUGAUUUGAGAUUCAUCUGGCAGUCAGGUGAUCCUGUCCAAUUAGAGAAAAUAGCUUUGCCACAGUUUGAUAUUAAAAAGGAAGAUAUUGAAUAUGGUAACUGUACAAAAUAUUAUAAAGGCACUGGAUAUUAUACGUGUGUAGAAGUCAUCUUUACACUAAGAAGACAAGUGGGAUUUUAUAUGAUGGGUGUUUAUGCCCCUACUCUGCUCAUUGUGGUCCUGUCCUGGCUUUCGUUUUGGAUUAAUCCUGAUGCAAGUGCUGCAAGAGUACCUUUAGGCAUCUUUUCGGUUCUAAGCUUGGCAUCUGAAUGUACAACACUUGCUGCUGAACUUCCCAAAGUAUCAUAUGUGAAGGCCCUUGAUGUCUGGCUAAUUGCUUGCCUCCUCUUUGGUUUUGCAUCGCUGGUAGAAUAUGCUGUGGUUCAAGUAAUGUUAAAUAAUCCCAAACGAAUUGAAGCAGAGAAAGCCAGGAUUGCCAAAGCAGAGCAAGCAGAAGGGAAAGGUGGAAAUGCAGCUAAGAAGAACACAGUCAAUGGUACAGGGACUCCUGUUCAUAUCAGUACUUUACAGGUUGGUGAGACCAGAUGCAAAAAAGUCUGUACUUCCAAGUCGGAUCUGAGGUCCAAUGACUUCAGCAUUGUUGGGAGCUUACCCAGAGAUUUCGAGUUGUCCAACUAUGACUGUUAUGGAAAACCCAUUGAAGUCAACAAUGGGCUUGGGAAAUCUCAGGCAAAGAACAACAAAAAGCCUCCCCCUGCCAAACCAGUUAUUCCAACAGCAGCAAAGAGAAUUGAUCUUUAUGCUAGGGCAUUGUUUCCUUUCUGUUUCUUGUUCUUCAAUGUUAUAUAUUGGUCGAUAUAUUUAUGAUGUAGCAUUUUUUGUUCAUCUGUAUAAAAUAUAAGACCAUUUCAUCAUUCCCCUUCUCAAUCACAAAAACCAGUCUGUGAAAUUAUUUGCAUUUUUGAAGCAAUAUAUUGCAUUUUGAUGCCGUCCGAUUGUAAUGAACAUACGGCAUUUCAAUUUUGAAUGAAAGCAUGACACUGUAAUGUCUGUGCUCUGACCAGUUAAUGUGUAUAUAUGUACAGCAUACAUCCUGCUCUUGGAAUAUAUGAAAAGUAACUCAUAUUACAUUAUUGAUCAAAUUCAAAUAACUCUUUACUGUUUCUAUAAACAUAUAAAUAUUUCAGAUGAUCUCAACAUUGAGAAACUGAUGUGCACGUUUUCUGAUUAAUGUCAAUAUUCUAGUAUAUGUAGUAUUUCAAUGCUCUUUCCUUGUAACUUUCUGAUAAAGCCAUUUUCUUCUUAUAUAAUUUUCUAUGGUACUAUCAAAGAUCAAGCUAAGUUGUAAUUCAAUUCAUUUAAAUUUAUAAGUGGAAAAAAUAUCAGUUAUUCCGACUUGCACUCUGUAAAGAAAAUAAAGGUCAGAGAAUUGCUAAUUUUGUAAAGAAAUAUAGUUCAAAAGGUGCCAUACCAUAAAGGGAAGCUUGGAGGAAUGUGGGAGUGUGUGAAAUGUGUCAUAUUCUUAAAUAGGAAAGACAAAGGUGACAAACUAAGGUAGUAAAACUCUCAUUGUGGUGAUUUUUUUAGCGGGACAGCACAUAAUGGCUGAAUAGAAUUAAAAAAGAAGAUAUAUUGAGGGCACAAUACCAUAGUGCCUUCAUGAAGAAAUGAUAAUGUUUUCUUUUUAAUAGAGGCAAUAUAUGAGUGAUUUCAUAAAAAAGCAAAAAUGUCCCAGAGCUAGAAUUACUUUGGUACAUAUAAAAGGUCUGCAAUUACUAAAGGAUUUGAGAUUGUUAGUUUUUUAAUAGUUUUUAAUAAUCAUGUACAUGAUUUAUAUAUAUUAUUGUUGAGACUUCUGUUUCACCACAUUUAUACAUUUUAAGCAAAUUAUUUUUUCUUCCUCAUUUGUCUUUUGUGAAUUGUAAACGUGUAACUGUACUAUUAUGCCAUUGAUAUUUCCUACUCAGUUUACCUAGAAGGUAAAAGAAUAUUAGAACCUUGGUGCUCUUUUAAAGGAAUUCUGUUUUUCUUCUCACCCUGCUUUCCAGUUAAGAUUUAGCAACUUUAACUCUCCCAACCUAAAAUGUGAUUUCAAAUUCAAUUUGGUGAUGCAUUUGCUUCUUAUUUGGCAUUGUUUCCAAAGGUCUUUACAUUUUCUCUUAGAAUUCUGGUGUUGGAAUUUAAAGUUAUUAGUAAAUAAAAUUGGAUAAAUGUUGAUAACCACCCAGGUAAAAACUAAGCUUUAUAUUAAUUUAAAAACUUCUUUUUAAGGUGUCGGUUUAAGUGAAUAUUAUAUUACAAAAUAAAAAUGCUGCCACUGUGUUUUUCUUCUGAUCACUAUGUUUUGGCACAUUGGUAUUGUUUCCUCAAAUAUUUUCUGGUUUUUUAAAUACUCUUCAGAAGUCAUUAAAAUUUUCUAAACUGAAAAGUCACUUGGUACAUGAUAGUCUGACAGCACCUUUUAGUUGAAAAAUUAAAUCAGUGUUAGACCAAUUUACUAUGUAUGCUCUUGCUAAAUAUAAAUGCAAAGUGUAUAAAUGAUUACUUCAAACCAGGUUACUUAAAUAGCAAAAGAAAAUGUUCAAAUAUCUUAAAAGACUUAAAUAACUUAUUAAAGAGGAAACAAACACAAAAUGGCAACAUUCUAGUGAUCAUUAAAUCCUAAUGACUGCAACUACAUCUAUUUGAUAGGUUAUGUACAGACAUCUCCAUUUUCUUUUUAAAUUAUUUUAUUCUUUUAGAACUUUCUUGUGCAUUCAUAGUGCCAGCCAAUUCCAUUUAUAUUGAAUGUUUUGGAUCAUGUCAAGUGUAAGAAAUUAGGCCUUAAAAUGGAAAAUGUACUAUAUGGCUGGUUUUUCUCAAUCCAUGGUACCUCUUAUCUGUAGUAAUGUCUAAAUUAAUUUCCUUUCUGCUAUGUAACAGUAUUAUUGUGAAAUAUUUUGCAAAAUAAAAAAUCCUAAUAAUUGUCAUGUA